UCUUAUAUUCUAAGUUGAAUUAUUACGACAUCAAUAGUUAUCAUAUUACAAAUACAAUAUUUUCUCAUAAAAAUAGUAAUUUGUUUGGCGUUUCAAGUAGCUUUAUAAUUAUUUGCUUAAAAAGACGCGUGACAAUGUAUGUAUUUUAGAAGAACGCUCUGGGUAUUUCCUCUCUAGUAUAAUAUCUCCAAACGUUUGAUUUUGAUUUUUUUUACAAUCAAGUCGUGCUAAAGAAGGAGUUGUAAAACUUAAAUCCCCGACGGACUUGGUACCUCCAGGAAGUCGAUAGCUUUGCUAUUCUUUACAGAACGUUAAAUAAACUAAAGCCUGUACAGGAUAAAAAACCAAACAUAGGGUAAUUGCAAAGACUUCUCUCGUAUCAUUAUGAUGAGUGACUCGCAGCCAUUUUAUAACAAUAGUCAAAACGUGAAAAUUAUGACUGUUAUGAGCGAUUAGCUAAAUGAAAUCAAUGUUCUACUGCCUAAUGUGUAACUAAUGCGGACUAAGCUUCCGAUGAGAGUAGCGAUGAGAAAAUUGAUUAGAUCUAUAAACAAAUCGAAUAUCACUUGCAUAAAACAUUGCCGAUUCUUUGCGGCUUGGGAUGGUGUAUUGAGGUUCGCAAUACGAGAAAAUUUAAUUUAGCAUUAAAUCAGCCCCAUCACCAGGCGUAGACUGGCCAGGGAUUCGAUUGGUUGGUACAAUCUGUAAACCCACCCGCUCUCCGUAAAAAAAAGUCAUCCUUAUUCAGUGAUGAGAAAAAAAUAGCAUAACGAAUGACUUGCUUCCAAAUUAUCAAAAAACUUUUUUCACGGAUGUUUUCAAUUUGAAAAGCAGUGAAAAGGUUUGGGAUUUUUUGCUAAUUUUAAACCAGUGUGAUGGAAUCUGAUUCUACGUAGGACAGACAGCUUAAAUCCUAAUUUUAUGUUAGCUCUAAGAUACUGCUUCAUCAAAUUUUCAUGAAAGAAAUUACUUUACAAUUCUCUCCACAAUAUUACCUCCCCUGUCAAUUGCCCUUGGAACACUGCAACACCUUGGUGAUGGUGUGAAGAAACACAAGUUAGCCAUUACGUCUGACUGACAAAAAGAUUAUGUCUCCAACGGAUAUCUAAAAUAAUCUUAAAACCGGUGUUGCUGACAUGAGACAUGGAUGCUGACGAAAGGUUCUUCGUGUGUUUCUUGUUUCUGAUGCUCUUGGCACAAGAAUGCUUGACAGAAUGUACGUUCCCCGAAUUCCUUAGGAGUGCAAAGGACGAAGAAACGGGGCUGUUGAGGCCUUGGAAGACCGGAACCCACUGGUUCCAAAUCAGCACCAACCCCCAGAUACAGGAGCUGAGCGAGAUCUACGUCACGGGGUCCGACCUGUGGCAGUUCAAGUUGGAGUUCCCCCGGAGCUGCGAGACCAAGGCCCGGCGCCUGUCCAAUAAGAUUUCCCGGUCAGAGAGAUGUGGUCAGCGCACGCUUUCCUAUAAUCGCACCUGUCUGACGGUGGACAAUGCUGGACUACACACCUACCGCUUGUUGGAGCACCACAGGGAGGGGUGGUCAGGGACCAAGUAUGUCUGUGUGUCGUUUCAGAGGAGAGGAAAUAAUGUGGUCACCAUCAGGAAAGGGCCUCUUCGAGAUAGAAAUGUUCCCGAAUUGUGCAAUGACGUCAAAAUGGAAAACGACGCAUGGCCGUGGCUUGCCACGUGGGAACCGUCUCCCUAUAUCUGCCCUAUUUCUGGCGGGUUUUCCCUCCGAGUUAUCAGUGGCCUUACCAUGAAGGAUACCUGUGAGAAUGAAUGGAGGAAUUCCUCCCUAGAAGUAGAGUGCAGCAAGGGUGAGGGUAUCAGUUUUAUCCCCCCUACCAAGAGCUCAUGUAAUCCGUUCUCCAACACCAGUCAUAUUACGCCUCUGUACUGCUGGGCCGGAUGGCAGGAUGGGCCGUAUACGUACAUGAUCGUGUCUGCCAAGACAGAGUCUAAUUACCACAACGAACCCCAGUUUUGUCUUCGUUUUCCCACUGUUUUUGGCACUGAUUUUGAAGCUUUCCUUUACGUCAGUGUUAUAUGUCCAACUGAAUGGGAUGGAAGGCCACCUGCCGGAAUCAACUACUUCAAGCUGAAGAUAAGAAGAAAAAAUAAUGCAAUUUGUGAAGAUGACAACGAAGAAGAAUGCAGUAAACUGAAGGAUUCCGGAAUAUGUGAAAAUUCCCAGAAUGGAUUUUAUGAACACUGCCUUAAGACCUGUGGAGAAUGUGACAAUAGUGCAGCAGUACGGAAGACUUGUUCGUUUGAAUCUAAAUUGAAUGCUAGAUGGAAACUUAUAGACCGAGAUCGCUUUGAGAGAGUUACGAUUAAUUCGUCCCAUGUAGUCUUUUCUGAGAUGGGUGCGUUCGAGUGUUACCAGACGACACCAGACGUGCAUCAAUACACAGUGACGACAGCUCACAAUAAUGGAUGUUCGAAACGAUAUUCUUGCAUAGAAUUAGAAAGGCUUGGCAACAAUAUCAUUCGAUACAGAAUAGGACCGAGCGUUCGAGAAAACCAGCCAUUUGAAACUCUCUGCCAGUUUCAGGAUGAUGGGUAUCCCGUUAUGGACACAUACCGGAGCAGUGCCAAGAAAACCCUCAUAUAUGAUGAUGAAGGGUAUCUGUUAGAAACGUACUGUGGGUUUGAGGGUCAGUUCAAGUUUAACGGGACCUACGGGGGCCAGCAGUGCCUGGGGAUGAUCUCUGACAAGGACCCAGACACCUGUAACACAGUGGCUACCCUCACACUCCGCGGCAAAGACUGCCUUGGCAUAACCGGGGUCAAACAAUACCAAUGCUUACAAUACAUAUCCGACGAAAGUUCCAUGGACGAGACCUACCUAAUCACAAAAUCCAAAGAUGGCGAGGAGGAAUACAAUUGCUGGGUGAAAUCCAUGAGUCCUGAGUACGAAUACAUGUUCCCCCAGCCGAUCAUCUUUAAGAUGCCCACCCCCCAAUGUGGGAUGUUUGCCAGGGUGCUGGUUCACCAUGAUAGGCAGUCAGACGCCGAACUUUAUCUCAAAGAAAAAGAGAAGUGUGUCAUUAAAUCUCAAACCCGCCAGUCUCCGGUAGACCCCGCCCCCUCCACGGUCCCCUACCGGCCGGGUACAAAUGGGGGCAUUCACGUGGCCCCCCAGGGAAGUGAAGAGUUCCACAAUAUGGCGCCCCGGAACUCGGUCUUUUUGAUGGCGUUUUUCUGCAUCUUUGGACAUUUUGUAAAUUCAUUGCUAACGAUGCAAAGGUGAUAAAAUAUCACAAAUAUUGACAAUUAAAUUCCGCAAAGAAAGCUUCUUAAAGCAAAGCUCACCAGUCAAAAGGAUGACCUAAGAUGUGUUCCUCUGUAGUGUAGCUAUACAUGUGUUGUUUGUUCACUUUGUCUGGAGAAUUUAGACAUGUAUUUCAAAAAAUACAUUCACAAUUUGAAAUGACACUGCCUUUGGCAAGUAUUGAUCUGAAAUCAUGCUAGCAAUAUUGGCUGACUUAUUGCAAACAUAUUUUGCAAGCUAUUUAUAUUACGGUGUUUGAUGAUUUUUCCCCUCUUUUACGGCAUACUUUGAUAACCCGGAUGUGUAAGUCUGUUUUACGUAUCCGGUUAGAAUUUUAUUGUGUGCCAAUCUAUAUGUUAGAUAAACUGUUGGGAUGAAUCGUUUUAGUGCGACAUAUUUGUUGUCUCGAAUUACGCGCUGCAAAAUGUCCAAACUAGAGAUGUUGCUGACAGUUAUACAUACUGAAGGGCUGUCCCGUUCAGAGUUGACUAGUAUAUUCAUAUCUGACAUUAUGCAAUCUCAACGGUAUCAUUUUUUGUACUUUUGAUUAUGUUGGUAAUUAAAAUUAUGAAAUGUUAUUCAUCGUAAUAAUGUGCAAUGUUGAUAUAAAUUGAAAAAUGAUCUGCUCAUAUAUAUGUAAUAAAAUAUCAUCAUGCCAUUACUAGCCUCUAGAUGAAGGUUUUCUUUGCAAUGAUGUAUUCCGGUGCAAGCAUGAGAACAAAAAACGGUAAUGAAAUAUGUGUCCACACCUGUUGCACUUCAUACGAACUCACAUGAAAGAGGUUUGCGAUGCAAAUCUUGUCAAAUUUGAUUUAUAGCAUCCUAAACCGUUCAUAUAUAAACGAACAUAUUAUCAUUUUUGAGAUCCUAUUUUAAUAAAAGCAUACGUUUUACUUUUAACAUUAGCAAUAGUGCGUAUGUACUAAUUCUAGUAAAAACGAAUUUAGAAUGCAUUGUACAAAAUGUAUUUAUUUGCAAUAUGACUCGCUGAAAAUUGGUUUCAAACCUACCCACAAUUUAUACAACAAAUACAAUAAUAAUAUUGAUGAACGUCUGAAUUGUAUAUUCAUUAUUCAAGUUAAAAAAUAAUAUAAAUCUAAUUUUGCUUUAAUCAUAGUGUCUAUGUACCAGCUUGUGGUUGAGUAACCCAGACAGUCCUCGGCUGCUGACGUCAUACAUUCUACCCCCCACACUUGAUCAUGUGACUUUGUUAUUCCGUCCCGGAUUAAAAGAAUGCUCAACCUUUAAA